AACUCGAAAAACAAAAUAGAAAAACAUAUUAACCCGAAACAUGGACUCGGAAUACGAUUAUGGGGGGGAACUGGGCACCGAUGAUCCUUCCGAAGUGGGCAGCGACCGGGACUCCAUCACCUUCGGCCCGUCGGACAAUGCGCCGCGGUUCAAGCAGGAGGGCGAGAAGGCCAUCUGCAUCAUGCCACCCCGGCCGGGCACCGCCAUCAUGAACUACCAGGAGCUGUACAUUCCCCGCCACCAGCUGACCGACGUCUUCUAUCCCAUCCAGGAGGCCCAGCGCUGGCUGACGCUGGUGGACAAGAUGGGCAAGACGCACCGCUUCCCCCUGCCCACGAUCUUGCCCAAGGUGAUCCAGACCCGGUUUGUGCCAAAACGACACCUGCCCAAGGACGUGGAGGUGGACCGGCGGCGACGGCAAUACCAGAAGAUCAAUCUCCUGGCGGAGCUGGCCGCCGCCGGCCUCACCGACGACGUCCUCCAGCCCACCGAGGAGCAGUACAACGUCAUGUCGGAGUUCGCGUUCCCGCACAAGUUCCCCUUGAGUUUCUUCGAUGACAGCAACUUCGACAUCAACUCCCCGGCGGCCUGGUUCGAGCUGGGGGUGGUGGGCAACGACCACUAUCCCCUGCCGGCCCGGGCCUAUCUGCCCCUCAACCGAAGCCUCCUCAACUGCCAGUGGGUGAUGGCGGCGGUAACGGCGCACAACGAGGAAACGGACAUGUGGACGCUGCUGUCGCUGGAGGACGGAUGCACGUACACGGUGCCGAAGUUGCAGUUCAUGUUCAUGGCGGAGGACCCGCACAAGUACAUCAAGCGCCUCCAGGCGGCCGUCCACGAACGCCACAAGGGCGAGCAACUGAUGCUGAUGGAGCUCAUCUCCGACUGUGUCCUGCACGAGGACAUCGAGUCGACGGUCUUCUACAGCUUCAAGCCCAUCGAGGCGAUCCUGCAGGCGGCCAAGGUGUCGGAGCAGUGCAAGCGGCGACUCCGCUCCGAGGUGAACCUGGUAUUUGAGCGCCUGAUGGCCCUCUACGAGCUGGAGCAGUACAUCCUGAAGAUGCCCAAGGAGUUUCCCCAGUUCGUGAACAUCAAUCUGAAGGAGUUCCUGCCCCGAUCCUUUGCCGUGGACGUCUCGGCCAAGGAGCGGGAGGAGCUGCAGGCCCUCGGCAUAACCAUGAAGACAAAACGCUACGAAUUCCUGAAGGCGAGCAUCUUCUACUGCGGCGGCGGCAUCGAGGCCAUGGCCGGAGUGGCCGGCCAGUGCCAGUACAUCGAGACACUCUCCAUAUUCAUCUGCAGCUUCAGCAAGCCACUGGCCCUGGUGGACUUCCUGCAGGCCCAGGAGGCGCACAGCGACAACGUGGCCACCUACCUGAAGGUCUACUGGCCCCAGCAGCUCACCUCGGUGAUUACGGUGGUGCUGCGGGCCCUGGGCAAGGGGUGGCUGGACAUCUCGCUGAACACCUGGACCGUCUACCUCAUGUGCAAGAUAUCGCGGUUCAUCCUGCAGGUGAAGUUCCGCAUGCAGGAGUCCAUGGAGGUCCUGCUAGAGACAUCCUUACGCAACUUCUCGCACUUUGUCUGCGAUCCCUGCCUGCAGUUCCUGGAGCUGAAGCCGAGCUACAAGUGGACUAGCAACUACAUAGACACCGAGUUCCCCUUCCCCAAGCCUGUCUUCGCGCUAACCCUGGGCAUCAACGAGGAUCGCAAGGUGUUCUACUCCACAGACCCCGAGGAGUUCCAGCCGGCCCUCAUGGAGAUAUUCAAGAAGUGCCUGGAGAAGUCGGCCGGCGUCCGGAUGAUAGACGCCGCCGUAAUGAGCUUCCUGAAGUUCGCCCCCAACCUGUACAUCCUGACGGUGGAGCUGAUCGAGGACAAGUAUCUGGUCGAGAACGAGCUGAUCAAGAAGUGCUACAGCCAGGCCACCCUGCCCCUCAAGGCGUACGCCCGGAUGUACGAGCGGUUCAUAGACUUCUAUCUGAUGAACAUCAACUCGUACAUGUCGGCCUAUGCCGCCGCCCGGAAGCCCUCCUCGGAGGUCAAGCGGGACAUACUGGAGCACAAGCGGCUGAAGGAGGAGGUGCGCACCAUCCUGCCUGCCUUCAUAACCAUCGGUCCGUACUACAUCAACGUGGACAUCAUGAAGCAGUUCAUGAUCAAGAAGCGGAUCGACAUCGUCCGGCGCAUCUUCGAGUACUACGUGGAUCGGAUGUACGAGACGAACGAGGGCCUGCUGGACCGCUGCCUGGAGGUCUAUCGGCGGAUCAACGAACGGCCCAUCAGCAUCGAGCAUCUGUUCGAGAUCCGGGACUUUGGAGCCACUGUGCCCGACGUGGUGGACCAGCUGCGGGCUGACAUUCAGAUCAUGUGGCUGGAGUACGACCUGCUGGACAGCUUCUUCUACAACCUGAGCGACUUCCAGUUCGCCAUGAAGUGGAACGUGUACGCCUGGCCCCACCAGAUACUGGUCCGGCUGUCGACGCUCAAGGACGAGCAGAAGAUCGACAUCGAGGAGUUCCUGCGCCUGCACGGCAGCGAGUGCCAGGCGUUCGAGGAGCGGCUCGAGUCCCUCAACGACGAGGUGCAGGCAUACUCCCUGGCCUUCAAUCCGAAUCGCGCCCAGGAGACCUCGGUGGACAUCAAGAAGACGUGGGCGCUGAUCAAGGAGCUGGAGAAGGUCAGCAAGACGCUGCAGUACCGCCAGGAGCUGUUCGAACUGGAGCCCCUGUCCGUGGAGUUCCUCGAGAGCAUCAUCGAGAGCUUCACGCCGUACAAGAACCUGUGGUACGCCUGCGCCAACUUCCUCAAGCUGGAGGAGGCCACCCUGGGCAAUCCCAUCGCCCAACUGGAUCUCGAGGACGUCUGGCAGAACAUGAUGAAGCUGAUGGAGGAGCUGAACGAGUCCAUGGACAUAUUCGCCGAGAAGCAAGAGAUCAGCGACGUGGCCAAGACGUUUAUCGAGAAGAUAGAGGAGUUCAUCCCGGUGUACAACAGCAUCCGGGAUCUGAGGAACGAGAACUGGAUGUACAUCCACUGGAUGGAGCUCAGCCAGGUGACUGGGCAGGACAUCAAGUACACCGUGUCCAUGAACUACCAGUACCUGAUCCGCAAGGGCAUCCUCGACUUUCUGCCCGACGUCCACUUCAUCUCCCAGAAGGCCAACAACGAGGCGGAGGAGAUCCGGCAGGCCAUCGAGGAGGAGGAGAAGCGGAAGCAGGCCGAGCUGGAUGCCCUCUUCAUGCGGAAGCAGUUGCGAAAGUGCCGCAGGGAUAUCUUAUAGGACAUGUCAUGUUUAGUCUCAUAAAUCACAUAUAUUUAGCUUAA